AUGGAGAAAGAUUAUCACAUGUCAUUGUAUCUGGAUUCUCUUAUGUAAAAUUUGGACAAACUCUUACACAUGAUUAGGAAUUCUUAUCGAAGAGGAGUCCAUCAUUACAUCUUGAUGUACAGAUUACAUUUUGCCUAAAGGACAUGUACCAACACAUGA